GUUUAAAGGUACGGUACUUUCGUUUUAGCAGAAAGCAAGUAGGCGGGAGAGAGUUCGGGAUCUCCGGUUCUUUUGAAGGUUCUGGGACGCGCCAGGAUGAGUCAGUGGUGCAAACUGCAACAGCUGGAUUCUAAAUUCUUGGAACAUGUGCAUCAGCUCUACGAUGAUACUUUUCCUAUGGAGAUCAGGCAAUACUUGGCACAGUGGCUAGAAAGCCAAGAUUGGGACUAUGCUGCUGAAGACUUUUCAAUGGCUACAUUGCUCUUCCAGAAUCUCCUGUCACAGCUGGAUGAUCAAUAUAGCCGUUUUACUCAGGAGAACAAUUUUUUAUUGCAACACAACAUCAGAAAGAGUAAACGAAACCUCCAGAAUACUUUUGUGGAAGAACCCAUGUAUAUGGCCUUGAUGAUCUCCAAAUGUCUCCAAGAAGAAAGGAAGAUCCUUAAAUCUGCAGAGUCCACAGAUCGGAUGCAAAUGGACAAUGAGCAAAAUACUGCGGUGCUGGGCAAAGUGAAAGAGUUGGAUGCAAAAGUCACACAUGUGAAGAAUCGUGUCAUAGAAAUAGAGCAAAUGAUAAAAAAUCUCGAGGAUGUUCAAGAUGAAUAUGAUUUCAAAUGUAAAACCUUUCAAGUCAGAGAAUGUGAACCCAACGGCAUGAGCCAGGAUGACUAUAAAAAGGAAAAAGUACAGCUCCACACCAUGUAUUUGCAGCUUCACAGUAAGAGACAGGAUGUGCUACGCUUGAUAUCCUCUUCAUUGCCUGUGAUUGAAAAUACCCAAAAUGCUCUGAUAACAGAAGAGUUGGUUGAAUGGAAGCAUCGACAACAGAUGGCUUGUAUUGGCGGCCCACCCAACGCCUGUCUAGAUCAGCUUCAAAACUGGUUUACUACAGUGGCUGAGAGUCUUCAGCAGAUUCUUCAACAGCUUAAAAAACUGGAGGAGCUGGAGCAGAAAUUCACCUAUGAAACCGAUCCCAUUACCCAACAGAAGAAAGGGCUGUGUGAGCGGACAUGGACUCUCUUCAAGCAACUCAUUCAAAGCUCCUUUGUUGUAGAAAGACAGCCUUGCAUGCCUACGCAUCCUCAGAGACCAUUGGUUCUGAAGACUGGAGUACAAUUUACAGUAAAGUUGAGAUUGCUGGUGAAGCUCCAAGAGCUGAAUUACAAAUUGAAAGUGCAAGUUCAGUUUGAUAAAGACGUCAGUGAGAAAGACACAGUGAAAGGAUUUAGAAAAUUCAACAUCUUGGGAACAAAUACCAAAGUAUUGAACAUGGAAGAGUCAAAUGGGAGCCUAUCAGCAGAAUUUAGACACCUGCAAUUAAAAGAGCAAAAGAAUACUUCAAGAUCUAAUGAGGGCCCUCUGAUUGUAACUGAAGAACUCCAUUCGCUCUGUUUUGAGACAAAAUUGGAACAGAAUGGCCUUGUAAUUGAUUUGGAAACCCCUUCCCUUCCAAUUGUUGUGAUCUCAAACGUCAGCCAAUUACCGAAUGGAUGGGCUUCCAUUUUAUGGUACAAUAUGUUGAUGAAUGAACCCAAGAAUUUGUCCUUCUUCCUUAAUCCACUGUGUGCAAGAUGGUCACAGCUUUCUGAAGUGCUGAGCUGGCAGUUUUCUUCUGUCACAAAAAGGGGACUCAGUACAGACCAGCUGGAAAUGAUCGGAGAGAAGUUGCUUCCAAAUGGAUGUACUCCAGAUGGCCUUAUUUCAUGGGCAAGAUUCUGCAAGGAAAACCUGAAUGAUAAAAAUUUUUCCUUUUGGCUGUGGAUCGAAGGGAUCCUUGAACUGAUUAGGAAACACUUGCUCUUCCUCUGGAACGAUGGGCACAUCAUGGGCUUUGUCAGCAAGGAGCAAGAGCGCAUCCUGCUUAAGGAUAUGGAGCCUGGGACGUUUCUUUUGAGGUUCAGUGAAAGUAGUCGAGAAGGAGCGAUCACUUUCACCUGGGUGGAAGGGCCAGAAAAUGAUCGUUCCUUCCACUCUGUGGAGCCCUAUACAAGAAAGGAACUCUCUGCAGUCAGCCUGCCAGAUAUCAUUCGCAAUUACAAAGUGAUGGCGGCAGAGAAUUUUCCCGAGAACCCACUGAAGUACCUGUAUCCAGCCACUCUCAAAGACAAUGCGUUCGGAAAAUACUAUUCCAGGCACAAAGAGUCUUCGGAGCCCAUGGAUGUGGAUGGCAAAGGCAAAGGAUACAUCAGAACUGAACUAAUCUCUGUAUCUGAAGUCCACCCUUCCAGACUGCCUGGCCCCGAGGCCCUUCUGCCUAUGUCCCCGGAAGAAUUUGAUCAGGUAGUGCAAGAAGUAACUUCUGCAGAAAUUAUGAUGUGUACCGAAUGUACGCCGUGAACCCUGGCUAGGCCAGCUGGCAUAAAAUCCGAAUGUGUCCUCUUUACCUGCACUUCCUAGAAUCCGUAGGAGUCUCAUCACUUAAGUCUCUUAAGAGCUCUAUAUCUUGUAGUAUGGUGUUUACUCUGGUUUACAGCAAGGGUGGCUUGAAUCUUCAGAAAUGCUUACUUGCUGCUAAAAAUAUUUAUCUAGUAAUCCUGUACGUAGCUGUUUUGGUGGUGUCGUGUUCAAUAAUAUUUCCAGUUUUUAUAUAUAAGGUUGCUUAGGUUCAGUUGGACCUGUGUGUGAAAAGCUACAGGUCUCCGACUCCUCUGGAGAGCCUCUGGGUCUGAACAAUCUAGGAUUAUCUUUUUAUCUUGGGUUAGAUGCUUGGUAGUUACUGCUGCCACACCACUGUUAGGGGGAGAUUGCUGGUUGGUCAGUACAUUUCAACAACCUCUGCUGCCCUUCUGAUAAAUAAAAGGUAAAAAUGAAUUGAUUUCUAUAACACAGUUUCCUUGUGAGACUGUAAUAAUUUCAACCUUCUUCCCACGUUCCUCUCAAGCAUUAAAAUCUAAGUUAACAUUCCUUUUUACAGUAACUCUCAAAUACUGCAAUUAAUUCCAGUUUACAAAAAUGCAUGCACUUAUUUUGGCAGAUCAUAGGAUGGUGCUGGCUCACUGUAAUCAGUGAUCUCAGGAGAAAGACUGCUGGUCAAGUUACUCGCUCCCAAGAAAUAUUAAAAGAGAAAAGCAACUCUUGAAAUCUCUGAAAUUGCACAGAAAGCCCUAUGUUUGCAGAGAAUAGGAAUAAGAGAAUAAGGGUUCUCACAUGCACAAAAAUAAUUAUGAUUUUAAAGGCAAAGUCUAAUCAGAGCAAUUACCUGUUCCUUAGAGGUAAAGGAAAGUGUCCCUAGAUUUUUGUGGCCUCUUCAGAUAAUUUUAACCCAGUGAUGAAAUGUAAAAUUUGUUACUACCGGUUCUGUGGGUGUGGCUUGGUGGGGGGUGGGGGUAAUGUGACUAGGUGGGCGUGGCCAACUUUUUUUUUUUUUUAACUUUUAAAAGCAUUUUUUCUACAACCUCUUCGGCGAAGAGGUUAUUAAAAAGUGCUUUUAAAAGGCUCUGACGAUCAGGCAACUCAGCUGGGAUUGUCCAAGCCUUUUAAAAGCAUUUUUUUUUUUUUACAACCUCUUCGGCCAAAGAGGUUGUAGAAAAAAUGCUUUUAAAAGGCUCGAACGAUCCCAGCUGAGCCGCGCGAUCGUCAGAGGCUUUUUUUUUACUUUUAAAAGCAUUUUUUUGGCCGAAGAAAAAAUGCUUUUAAAAGUAAAAAAAAAAAAAAGCCACUGGUGAUUGGGUGGGGUAGGGAUUUUUGCUACCAGUUCUCCGAACCACCCGCUGCCAUCGCUAUCGGAUUGGGCGAUCUGAUCCGAACCGGGAGCAUUUCAACCAUUUUAACCACAUAUCAAACGGGUCAGAACUGGUAGGCAUAACUUAUUUUUCCUAGUCUAGGCACCCCAGCAACUGCUUCCCAUGCUGUUACAGAAAUUGGCAAAAACAAUCCGAGUAAGCACCGCUGGCGUUUGUUAUAGUGUUAAAUUGCGUGUAAUGUGAUCUUUGUUAUUGAGGGAAAGAAGGUUCUUCCCACAAAUGUCAUCAGAGUACUAGGAAAUUCAAGACAGUAUAUUUUGUGUCAUGUUGCCUGUAAUGAUCGUAGCUAUUGCUAAGUAAUUAAUAAAGGGCAUUUAUUGUA